AUGUCUCGGGCUGUUCGGCUUUCAAUCCCUUGUCCUGUUCGGCUUGGUACUUUAAGAAACGAUUCUCUAGAAGCUGAACUUCAUGAGUAUGUGAAACAGGGAAACUAUGUGAAAGUAAAGAAAAUUCUCAAGAAAGGAAUUUGUGUUGAUGCGGUUAAUUCCCAGGGACAGACAGCACUUUUUGUGGCCGCGUUAUUGGGCCUUACAAAAUUAGUUGAUGUUCUGGUGGAUUACGGAUCGGAUCCGAAUCACCGCUGCUUUGAUGGCAGCACCCCAGUCCAUGCAGCAGCAUUUUCAGGCAGUCAGUGGAUCCUCAGUAAACUAUUGGAUGCAGGGGGUGACCUACGACUUCAUGACGAGAAGGGUCGAAACCCACACUCCUGGGCCUUGGCAGCAGGGAAGGAUCGCAGCACCCCGAUGGUAGAGUUCAUGCAGCGCUGUGCCUUGCACAUGCAGGCCAUCAUGCAAGGCUUCUCUCACGACCUUCUAAAGAAGAUAGACUCCCCUCAGCGGCUCAUCUGCAGCCCACCCUGCCUUGUGGGCCUCCUGCAAGGAAGUCCUAAUGGCUCUCCUAACCGACCUCUUAAAGCUGGAGUCAUUUCUACCCAAAACAUUUACAGCUUUGGCUUUGGGAAGUUUUAUCUCACAGGAGGGACACACCUUGCCUACCUAGGCUCUCUUCCAAUAAUUGGAGAAAAGGAAGUGAUUCAAGCUGAUGAUGAGCCCACUUUCUCUUUCAUCAGUGGGCCUUACAUGGCCAUGACCAACCUUGUGUGGAAUGGGAGUAGAGUCACAGUGAAAAGCCUGAAUCUCCCCACCUAUCCUCACAGCAACAGCCUGAGGCUGGCUGACUUACUGAUUGCUGAGCAGGAGCAUAGCAGCAAGCUGCGGCAUCCCCACCUGCUACAACUGAUGGCUGUGUGCCUGUCCCAGGACCUGGAGAAGACCCAACUUGUGUAUGAGCGCAUCACCGUUGGUACACUAUUCAGUGUCCUCCAUGAACGACGAUCCCAGUUCCCUGUGCUGCACAUGGAGGUGAUGGUGCACUUAUUACUGCAGAUCGCUGAUGCCCUGAGAUACCUGCAUUCCCGGGGGUUUGUUCACCGCUCCCUCAGCUCUUAUGCUGUCCACAUCGUGUCUGCAGGGGAAGCAAGGCUGACCAACCUGGAGUACAUGUUGGAAAGCCAGGACAGUGGUGAACACAGGGACCUGAGUCAAGUUCCCCUCCCCACCGAGCUGUACAGGUGGGCUGCACCAGAAGUGAUCUUUCAAAAGGCAGCCACGGUGAAGUCAGACAUCUACAGCUUUUCUAUGAUCAUACAAGAGAUUUUAACAGAUUCUGUGCCCUGGAAUGACUUAGAUGGCUCAGUUAUUAAAGAAGCCAUCCUCUUGGGAAAUUAUUUAGAAGCUGAUGUCAGGCUUCCAAAACCUUACUAUGAUAUUGUUAAGUCAGGCAUCCAAGUUAAGCAGAAAGACAGAACUAUGAAUCUUCAAGAUAUCCAGUAUAUUCUGAAGAAUGACUUAAAGGAGAACACAGGAGCACAGAGAACUCAGCCUGUGGAGAGCCCCAGGAUGCAGAGAUGUGAACCCUAUCCCGAUGUUAGUGUCUAUCUAGGACUGACUUCAGAACACCCAAAGGCAGGUGCAGACUUGGAAAUCAAAGAGCUAAAGGAAUCAGGCAGUCAGCUCCAUUCACCAAAAGGUCAUUCUUCUCCCCCUGCAAAAGCAGCAUUAGCUUCUCAGACCCACGAUCCAGUUCUGAUGGCUCAGCUGCCUCAGAAUCCCAAUGCUCCACCUCCUCCUACUACUUCAGUUGUGGCAGAAACCAGGAGCCCCAAUGCAAGUCAGGGCAGCCUCCACAGCUUCGAAAUCAAUGAAAUCUACACAGGCUGCUUGGACAUAGGAGAUGACACACAGGAAGAAAGCCCAGGUGCUACUUCAGCUCUUGAGGGUGAUAAACCAGACCAGGAAGAUGAACUGCAGUCCCUGGAAGAAGAGUUGGAUAAGAUGGAGGAAGAGGCACACCUUUGUGAUGAGGAUGGGAGCUCUUUAGAUGUUGAUGCAGAGCUCUUCUUUGGAGACUGGGACUGGCAAAAUAGUUCACUUAGUUUACUCAGCCUGCCUGAGGCAACUAGAGAAGCCAAGGGCAAGGUGAGCAGCUGGUCCAAGACUGAGGAGUAUGUCAGUAAAUGUGUGCUGAAUCUAAAGAUUUCACAGACGAUGGCUCAUGAGAUUACAGAUUUGGUGGGGAGUAUUGAGCAGAAAUUAGAUGAGGUUGAGUUGAUACAGAAGGAACACGUAUCUUCAUGGACUGCUUCAAAAUCGUUUCCAGAUGGCUGUGACUUACCUGGCCCAGUGGGCCCUCCAACUUUGGAUUACAUUCAUCCUGUCCUGCAGGUGUCAGACGGCUCCCAGCCAGGUACCAAUGGCAGUUGCCCAAGCUUCCUAAAAUCCCCAAGAACAGUGAAAGAAUUUCAAGGGGGACAUCUUGGCAAAAAGCCCAAAAGAGGAAGUAGUUACAUCUGGAAACCUUUCACCCAAAUCUCUGAAGAAAGCACUGAGGACCAGUCAGAGAGACAUUAUCAGCUGUCAACUCUUUGUGAUCCUGGAAAACAAAACACAAGCGAACCAUUUCAGGCCACUCAAGGAACCAAGGACAGUUUGGAAAGGAAAAAAAACCAAGAUAGUAGGAUCAAUGUGGAAUCUAUGACUUCUGUAAUUUCUAAUGUGAAACCAGGAAACAAAGAUGAUGAAAAGAUACACUUAAAAUGGAAAAUGGAGGUAAAGGAAACAGCUGAGAAGGCAGCUAGUGGGGAGCUCCCAGUCCUUCCUUGGCAUCCUCAGAGCAGUUUGACUUUGAAAAGUAGGGCUGUACAUGGGUCCAGUCCCUUGUUGCAGCCCCUUGCUAGGGGCCCUGAAAACAUGGAUUGGCAGCAAAGUGUAGAGUUUCACAGAGAAAAGGAAGAGCCAGCAGGAAAUGAUGUCAAAUUGGGGAAAGUGGACAACUGUGACCAUGACAUUGAGGAGCCUGGCAGACAGCCUGGACCACAAAGUUUUGCCGGUAUUGGGCAUCUUUCAUCCAGGAAAAAUGAGCAGACAGAACCUAGUGAAGCCUUUCAAGCAAGUUCUGACAUGUCUGUGACCAUUGAGAAAUCCUACAAUGAUCAUGCUACGUGUUCACCAGAAUCUUCUGAGGACAUAACAGAUGAAUUUUUAACUCCAGACCAUGAAUAUUUUUACUCCUCAGCUGCUCAAGAAAACUUACCUAUAGAGACUUCAAGUCCCAUAGAAGAGAACUUUGAAGAAAUACAAGAUGCAUAUGCCCAACCUCAAGGCUACGGUGAGGAAAAGUUCCAAAUGAAAAAAAUCCUUGGAAAGAACACUGAGAUUUUCACCAGGUUCCAAGCUAUUCAAAGCACCUACUUAGAACAAGCUAAGCUAAGCAAAGCACAGGGACCGCGAGAAAUUAAAAGUAAGGAAAUAUCAUUGACAGACAUUCAAGAUCUGUCUAGUAUCUCAUAUGAACCAGAUGGCUCUUUUAAAGAAACCUUAUGCAAAACACCCAAAGUAAGCCACGCACCUACUAGUGCCAGCACUCCACUCAGCCCAGAAUUAAUGGAAGACAUCUCACAGCAUCAAAUUGAGGAGCUACCACCACCAUCUCAAGAGCUGCUUGAAGAAAUUGAGCAACUGAAGCAGCAGCAGGCCUCAUCUUCAGUGUUGGGCGAGAACACAGCACAUCAUCCCAGCAUCACUGCAGAUGGUCCAGAGCAUUUGGAAGAACAAGAAAAUGACAGUAAUAAAGAAGAUAGCAGUUUGCUUUGGACCAGAGAAUCACAGGAUGUAGGAGAUGACACAGAAAGGGCUCACUCUACUCUGGAUGAAGACUUGGAAAGAUGGCUACAGCCACCUGAUGAGAACAUAGAGCUCCAUGACUCCUGCAAAAGCUUUAAAAGGAACACAAAAACCAAGGAUCAAGACUUUGGUGAAAAGAUCAAAAGGAAAGAAAGCAUCAAACUAGAGAGAAGGAAAUCAGAAAGCCUUUUAGGGACUUGUGAAGAAGAUGAACUAAAACCCUGUUUUUGGAAGCGACUGGGUUGGUCUGAACCAUCAAGGAUAAUCGUGCUGGAUCAGAGUGACUUGUCAGACUGACUGGAUCAUAGAUGGAUUCCAGCCUGACUUUUGAGCAUCCUGGUUGCGAGCGCCUUUCUUCUCGCCUGCUUCAGUUGCCGUCAGGGCAGCAGUUCAAGUUCUGUACCUCGCACUUUGUUCAGCUGCUAUAACCGUAAUAGUGGUUUGACCAGGUAUUUCCUGUCAGAUUCCUGAAAAGUGCAAGAUAGUUACAAUUUCAAACAUUGUUCAUUGUGCCCAGGACGCCUUUUGAU